AUGGCGACCAGCAACGGCGCAAACGGAGUAACUGACUCACGGCCUGUGUUCUUCUUUGACAUUGACAAUUGUGUGAGUCAGAGGAUUGGUCUCAAGUUUGAAUUGAUCGGUCUUGCUGAGAAUGAACGUUAUCGCAGCUUUAUUCGAAAGGCGGGCGCAGAAUGUAACAUUCAUGAUGAGAUGCAAAAGUUGAUUAAUAAGUUUUUCGUCAAGCACCUCGACCUUACCACGGAAGAUGCGCACAUGCUCCACCAAAAGUACUACAAGGAGUAUGGUCUCGCAAUUGAGGGUCUCACUCGCCACCACAAGAUCGAUCCGCUCGAGUUCAACUACGAAGUCGAUGAUGCUCUUCCCCUCGAUGCUAUCUUGAAGCCCGACCCCAAACUGCGCAAGCUACUGGAGAGCCUAGACACAACCAAGGUGAAGCCUUGGCUACUCACGAACGCCUAUGUGAGCCACGGGAAACGGGUCGUCAAGUUGCUCGGGGUGGAGGAUCUAUUUGAAGGCAUCACCUACUGCGACUACGGCCAGUUACCGUUGGUUUGCAAGCCCAGCCAGGAAAUGUAUGCGAAGGCGGAGAAGGAGGCCGGUGCUCCCAGCACCGAGUCUUGCUAUUUUGUUGAUGACUCACACCUCAAUUGCAAACAUGCCGAAGCACGAGGCUGGACUACCGUUCACUUGGUGGAACCCUGUACACCUACUCCCCGUAUCCCGGCUUCGAAAUACUCGGUCUCAAGUCUGCACGAGCUACCGGCGCAUUUCCCUGAUGUCUUCAAGAGCCAAGGGGCUGAUGCGGCCUAG